GGGAACGACAUGCCAUUCCGCUGGGUUUCGCCUCCUCCUCGACACGACUCGGAGAGAGUCUGAUAGCGCGCUCUGUAUCAAAGACAGCAUGACUGCCUCUGCAUCGGACCGUGUGCGCAAGGACAAGCUGCGACCGCUGUCCAGUGCCACUGACCUCACUGAUAUUACCCAUUCCACCAUCGAAGCUGAUUCGGACCCUCACUCGGACGACUAUCUGGAAGACUCCGAGAUUCAAAGCCUCACGCCAAGUAUUUUCGACUAUGUAAAGAAGUAUGGCAGGACAUACCAUGGCUACCAGGCCGGCGCCUACCCUUUCCCAAACGACGCGCCCGAGAUAGAACGGUUGGACAUGCAGCAUGUAAUUCUUACUGCACUAUUUCACCAGAGGAACUACUUGGCGCCGCUCAAGCAGAAACGGCCAAAGAGAAUGCUGGACAUUGGCUGCGGCACCGGCAAGUGGUGCUUCGAGAUGGCAAACGAGUUUCCAAAAUGCAGGGUUGAAGGCAUAGAUCUAUCUCCCAUCCAACCGAAAAUCUCCUGCGACAAUGUCGACUUCUUCAUGGACGACAUCACCCGUCCCGAAUGGUGGCGCUGCACGCAGCCCUAUGACUACAUCCAUACACGCAUGUCCCUCGGCAUCUUCAACGACUUCCGCGAAAUCAUACAAAAGAGCUACAACAACCUAAACCCAGGCGGGUGGAUGGAAUCGCAGGAAAUCUACUCAAAAGUCUACUGCGAUGACGGCACUAUGCCCCCAGACUACCCGCUGCUCGAAUGGACCGAAAACGAAGACGCAGCCGCCAUGCGCCUCGGCCGCCCACUACGCAUCGCAAACAAACUGAAGAGAUGGUACGAACAGGCCGGCUUCGUAGACGUACACGAGGAGAUCUUUGCUAUACCCGUCAAUUCGUGGCCUAGAGACGAGCGCAUGAAGGUGCUGGGCAAAUGGUUCUAUUGGAACAUGUGCGCUGGCGUGCACGCUUGGACUAUCGAGUACUUUGUCACCGCGCUCGGUUGGUCGCCCGCUGAAGUCGAGGUUUACCUCGCACAUCUACGCACUGCUAUCGGGGAUAAGAGCGUACAUGCGUAUUACAAGGUAUACGUCGUCUGGGGUCGUCGUCCCCGCGCCGAUGAACCACAGAGUACAACGCCGAAACCCGCGAAUUGGCCGCAACCGCCCGAGGACUUUUAAACCUCGAUCCAUACAACGCAUACAGCACACGGAAAUCUAGCACCGCACGUCAUACUACAGCACAACAGCAACAUGAUUCAUCUGGCGUUAUUUUUUUUCGUGGAGGUUCUAGGCGUCAUCUACGUAUAUGGAGCGAGGCCUAGGCCCGUCCUAAUGACCUUUCUUUUUCCCAUUCCUUCGGGACUUGUGGCGUCAUCCACAUUAUUUCUUGUUCCUUCGCUUUUCUGGGUGGUGGGUGGUAAUCUGAUGUUUUCUAUAUUUUAUUUUCGGACUAGCAUGAAUGGGAUGGUUGCGUCGGUGGAGUGGCUUUUGUGUUGAUUGAGAAAAAGCCUUUUCUUUCUUCCUUCUCUCCGCUCUGGUGGUUUAGGUGGGGAAAUCUGGGGACUACGUUGUUAUAUCUGUUUGAGCGAGAAAGAGAGAGGAAAUGGUGCAGAUUGCUGAUGGUUAUGAAUGAUGUAUGAAUUUAGGUAAGUAGUGUAGGGGGAGACGGAUUUGGCGUAAUAGAUGCUGUUUUCGGUGGAAUAGUAUUCGUGUUUGAU